UAAAUUAAGCAUUUUCCAAUAUACAAAUGACUAAAUGGACUAAAAUACAAAUCAUUCAGAAGAUUCAUUCAAAGACACUGUGAAUGAUUUGGACUAUAGCCUUCUACACUGGUCACCAGGGCUAUGUUCAAACUGCAGGUCAAUUCCUGAUCUCACAACAAUAAUAAAAAUGAGGGCUACUACUGCUGCAGUAAUCCAUGACAAGCUAAAACUCCAUUCUGAACCCUCCUCGUCACUUCCUGUCCACCUUCAGCUCAACUCCCCCAGGGAACAUAUUUAUGUUAACACACACUAUUUAAGUCUGAAAUGACUUAUUUACUCUUAUUAUGUCUACUAUAUUGGGUAAUAUGAGUGUAAAGGUGGCUAUAGGGGUGCUGUUUAAUGUCAUGAGGUCUCUAUAAUGUUGUAAUGCUGUGUUCUAACUAUGAAAAUAUUCUAUUUAUAAAUAAGAUAUUCUACUUUUGUUGCAAAAAUGUGCAAAUCCCGGUCCAGUUAACCGUGAUAAAUGAGGGAUUACUGUAAUAUGUGAGCUAUUUAAAAGUAUUUACAGUAUUACAAAGAAUCCACUAGGAGUCUUCCACCUUGCCGCCUCAACUGCCACAUUGUUCAACUUUUUCACACAUUAGCGACACCCUCACUGGCAUAGUGUGAAGCUGGUGGCUUAUCACCUCGUGCAUGCACUGUGGAACACAGGCUAACACUCCUGCUAACAACGCUGGUAUGGUUGUAGGCGACCACAAUGUAUGCCACCGGACAUCCUCUUGUCGUUUAUGCCAUAGAGUGGAAAAGGGGGCUUAUCGUGCUAAUCCCUACAAUGCAAAUAUUUUUCUGUGCAGAAACCUCAAAAUAAACUCUAGCUUACUUGCAGUGUUGCCCUGUGUGAGUGUGUACACACCAGAUGAUGUGACUUCUUCCCCCCUAACCUUUCUAUCUCUACGCUGUUACUCCAUCUUACCAUCCCGUUGGUAGCCUCCUCCUCCUCAUGCUUGUAUUUGACAAACACAUGAUUAAUUAAAGUGCAUGAAUAUGUGUGUGUGUGUGUGUGUAGAAGAGGUAGAGUAAAGUUGACCAUACAGCAUGUUUGCAGAAGUACCCCCAUGAGACCAUUGCUUUAAGAGUAACCUUAAAACUCACUUGUUUUUGCAGGCAUACCCAGCUCAGUAGAUUUAGGGUACUAUGACCAUCAUAUAUUUAUGUCUAUUUUAUUGUAUACUGUUUUUAUGUACUGUUUUAUGUCUAUUUUUAUUGUACAUUGUUUUAUUGUAUUAUUUUUUUUAAUGUGUAUUUUAACUCUGUGUUUUGCCUUUUGUGAAGCACUUUGUGACUUCUGUCUGAGAAAGGUGCUAUAUAAAUAAAACUUACUUACUUACUUACUUACUUACUUACUUGAGCCUCCCUCUUCUGUAAUUGGUUCACACCGACUUUUUCAGGAGUGUGGGCUUUUCGCUGGCUCGUUCUUGCAUGCAAGAAAUAUAUCCUUGUCAUUGUAUGUGCUAUUGCAACAAACUUACACAUGAAAGCAAAGGGUUGUUUUUCCACUUUCCUUUGGGCAUUAAGUAAAGCCAAUUGACAUGAAAUGCUGUGGAGCCAUGGCACAGAACUAGCUGUGAUGAGGAUAUGGAUAAUCCUACAAAUACUGAGGGUCGUGCUAGUUGUCUUCUUUUCUUUUUCACCGUAUCUGGCUUGCUUGAAUUGCAUACAGGUUUUCUUUGGUUCAUCAGCUUGUUUGACUGGCAGUGAGAUUCUAAAGUCGUAAAGAGCUGGCCACUAAUUUGUGAGUAAUUGUUGUUAAAUGGAGCUUUUCUGUUGGGCCUGAUGAGCUCAAGACAGCUUCUUGGCUAGAAUUCUUCAAUUGCCUUGUGAGGCCUCUGGAAGUUUUGCCCACUCACUGCAAUGUUUUUUCUUUUGCAUAUUUUUCACGCACUACUGUGUCGUAACCAUAUUAGGGAGGUACAUUAAUGGUGCAGUGAAUCUUCGGUAUUCAUGGGGGUUACGUUGCGAGAACCCCUUGGAAUAACACCAUCAUGGCGGCGUCCUUACAUGGCUCCAGCCUCGUGCUCUUCCUCCUGGUGUCCUUCCUGGCCUGGAUGGCCUCCCCGGGGUUGGCCUUUGUUGCAGACUGGGACCAAAUGACUGCAUCGGGUCCUGUUGAACCUCACUUCACUGAGUGCAUAUCCCGAGACCAGAUGACAUUCCGCUGCUGGUGGAGUCCCGGCAACUUCCGCAACCUGUCGGCUCCCGGAGCGCUCCGAGUCUUCUACCUGAAGAGAGACUACCCCACCAAGAAAGAGUGGAAAGAGUGUCCAGACUAUCUCCACUCGAGAAGGGAGUGCUUCUUUGAUGGAAACCACACGUCCAUCUGGACCACCUACUGCUUGCAACUGCGUAGCCAAGACAACAUCACCUAUUUCAACGGGGAUGACUGCUUCACUGUGGAAAACAUUGUACGUCCCGACCCUCCCGUGUCCCUUAACUGGACCCGCCUGAAUGUCAGCCCUUCUGGACUCAGCUAUGAUGUCAUGGUCACAUGGGAGCCGCCCCCCUCUGCAGACGUUGCAGCGGGUUGGAUGCGCCUGGCCUACGAGGUCCAGUACAGAGAGAGGAACAGCACCAACUGGGAGGCACUGGAGGUGCAGCCUCACACCCAGCAGACAAUCUACGGUCUCCACAUAGAGAAAGAAUACGAGGUCCACAUCCGCUGCAGGAUGCAAGCUUUCACUAAGUUUGGAGACUUCAGUGAGUCCAUCUUCAUUGAGGUGUCAGAGAUUCCCAGCCAAGAUACAUUUCCUCUAUUCACAUUGGUCAUAGUUUUAGGGAUUUUGGGCACCAUCAUACUCGUCAUGUUGAUUGUUGUCUCACAGCAGCACAGAUUAAUGAUGAUUCUGUUGCCACCGGUUCCAGCGCCCAAAAUUAAAGGCGUUGAUUCAGAGCUGUUAAAGAAAGGGAAGCUGGAUGAACUGAACUUCAUUCUGAGUGGUGGAGGUUUGGUUGGUGGCCCCAUGUAUUCACCAGAUUUCUACCAGGAUGAGCCUUGGGUGGAAUUCAUUGAGGUAGAUGUGAAGGAUCCUGACACUGGAGAGAAGGAAGACAACCAUGCAUCCGAUACUGAGAGGCUCCUGGGGUCCUCGCAGCCUGUCAAACACCGAGCUGGCUGCUCCAACAACGUUAGCUUUCCUGAUGAUGACGCCGACCAGGCUGGCAACUACGAUUCAGACCAGCCGGACGAAGAUGCCGCCAUGCUCUUGUCCACGCUGCUGCCAGGCCAACCUGACGACAGAGAACCCAGCGUUGACUCCGAGAGGGGGGAGAGGCCAACUGUCACCUCUCAAAGCAGACGACCUCAGACAUGGGUCAACACAGAUUUCUACGCCCAGGUCAGCAACGUCAUGCCCUUUGGAGGUGUGGUGCUGUCGCCCGGCCAGCAGCCCCGCAUCCAGGAGGGUGGCCCGGCUUCAAACGAAGACACAAAGAAAAAGGACGAUGGUGAGGAGGAACCUGGGGAGAAGAAGCGAAAGGAGCUUCAGUUUCAGCUGCUGGUGUUGGAUCCUGACGCUCAGAAUGACACCCCGCCUUACUGCACCAUGCCCAACGAGGGCUACCAGUCCAUUGAGCCUCAGCCAGCAGCAGAGUCGCCUUACGUCCCUCCGGAAUCCCCCCAGCUCCUUGCCCCCGUCGCAGACUACACUGUAAUUCAAGAACUAGACAGUCAGCACAGUGUUCUGCUCAAUUCGCCUCCCGCCUCCCAGUCCACCACCCCGUCGUGCCUGUCACAACACCCUCUCAAAGCCCUCCCAGCCAUGCCCGUAGGGUACGUCACCCCUGACCUACAGGGGGUGCUCUCGCCCUGAGGAAUUGUUAGUCCAGGACGCGUGGUGAUGGCUACUGGAACCCAAACAGCUUGUGACGACCCAAACCGAUGUGUAGUUGCAGGUUUGUCUUCAAGCAAAAAGGGGAGUUAAAUAAGCUUAUAAGCCCACUGUCUUAAAUUAUCUUCAACUUUAUGCUUCACAACCCAAAGCAUGUUGUUCCAGAGAAGAAGAGACAUUUUUAAAGAAGCAAUAAGCAUCGGUUUGAUGUUUUGCUGAAGUCUUAACCUUGCAGAGGGAAGCAUAGUGUAGCCAUCAUGAAAUUUUUUUCCCCUGCCACAUAAAGAAGCACCAUCUGCCAUUGUUUCUAUACAGUAUACCUCUUUUUAACUGACACACUUUUUGCACACCUUUGGGUCGUGCUACUAAUAUUCUGCUAUAUCAGAGCAACAAGCUACCAGUGAUUUACAGUGUUUUUAUGUUAUUUUUCUGCAAAGCUACAUUAAGAUUUAUUUUUUUAAAUGCAUACUGUACAGCUAUGCACAAAAUUAUAUGCUCCUAGACAAAUUUGGGGUAAAAACACAUGUUGGAGAAAUUAAAGGUACCAGGUUUUCUAUAAGAGUCAUGAAAACCUGCAACUUCAAAAGAGAUUAAAACAUUAAAACUGAUUUUUAACAUAUGAAUAAUUUUGUGCUUAACUGUAUAUCACAAAUGGACAGACACACAUACACAUGCACAGAAUUAUUGAGCAUAAACUGUGACAAACAAGCUUCUACACAUCAAGGUGUCAUGGCGCCUUGCGGGAUGCUACUAUGAGGCGGUCACGGACAUUCAGGAAAAUGCCAGUUGAACUCGACGAUGUUGACCAAAAGGAAAGCACAACGCAGUUUAUGGACGGGAAUAUCUUACUAGUCUUGUCUUUUAGUUUUGUUAUCAGUGUAUUCAAAUAUUAGCACAUGAGAAAGGAUUAUUUUCUAUUCUCACGUAGCAACAAUAGUGCUGUACAUGUAGCAGAUGGACACGCUAACACUCAGCUAGUUGCUCUUAAACUACACAUAAUUAUAUUGUAAUGUUUUGAUACAUGUCAAAAUAAUUCAGGGAUGGGGGACUGGAGCGAGUGGAAAAAGAAUGUGAAGGUUUGUAAUUAGCUCAUUAGCUUUAUUUUCUAAAGUAAACACAGUGUUAGCUAGCUGUAGCCAUGGACGUGUCGCUAGCUAAUAGUGUCUGUGCUAAUGCAUUUGUAAUGAUAAUAGGUGUGUUUACGCUAUGCUAAUUAGCUAAUGUUGUUAAAGUCAACAUGGCUCAAACAAUACAUGGAGCGUAUAAGAAAAGGGUUUGCUUCGGUAAUGACCUGGAACCGUUUUCUUUCUUUCACCUUUUCCUACGCUUCGUGUUUACACUCUUUUUUUAUUUUAUUAACCCUCAUAGUACCACUGCGUUUUAGGGCCACACUGAAACAAAAUAAAGCAAUGUUAUGGGCACAAACCACAAAGGGUAGGAGAAUAGUGUAACUAUUGAAGGUGGGGGACUUUCGGAUUUAAAAAGUUUCUUUUUUUCAAAAAUUUUAAUAUAAUCUAUUCUAAAUCAUUGUCAUUGUACGAUUUUAUUCCUUGUAAAGGUAUGACUUUUUAUUUUUAGACAUGGCAAGUUUUUUCUGGUUAUAUGAAAUAUGACAUCAUUUUUCAUGUUAUGUGAGUUUUUACUUUUGUUGGUAUAUGAUGGCUUUAUUUUUGUACAAUUACUGGUUUUAUCAUUGCAUGAUACAAGUCGUAAAAUGUUGACUUUCUUUCUCAUGAAAUUAAUUUUUGCUGGCAUUUUUUCCAAAUCAAAUGAUUUUUACCACUGUAAAAUAAUUAUUUUUAGUAAUAGUACUGCACAUAAUUAUUUUUUGUAAUGGUAAUGGUUACCAUUACAACAAUUUUUAAAAAUAUUUUGUGGUAAUAUUUACAACUUUAUUCUCGUAAAAAAUUAUUUUUUAUUAAUAUGACAACAUUCAAAUCAUGCAAUUUUACAACCUCAUACUCAUAAAAUGACCUGUUUUUUUUGUAAAAAAAAAAACAAAAACAUAUAGUCUUAGGUUUAAUAGGUUUUAUUUUUCAUUUCAGUGUGGCCCUGAUACUCCCUUCGUUCCAAAUCCAUCUUUCAACAGUUUUUGCCUGCAUAUAUGUACAAAUAUUGAUAUUUAGCCAUAUUGCUCUAUUGCCAUGAUCAAAAAGCUCUGCCAAUCCAUAAAGAGCCUUAACACGACCGCAUUUCACUAAUGUGAAUAUGAUGCACACUUGUGCCAUGUAUCAAUCAUGUAUUACCAUGUUAUUGCUAUUGUUGUUGCAGAAAUAUGAUACACUUCAUUAGGUACACCUGCCAGAUAUCCAAUACAAGAGGUGUAAAAAAACCCAAAACAAACAUAAUGCAAAAUUUUGUAUGAAUGAAUGCAAUAAUAUGUUUACAAUUGCGCCUGUAUUGGAUACUUUGAAUGCAGUUUUAUCUAUUGUUAUGCCAGAUAGGUGGGCAGUAUACAUAUACGUAUGUUGUAAUUAAUCCCAAUACAUUGCUGCUAAGUACUUCUGCAUUGAUUGAAUGUUCACUUAAGGGAGAACAAGCGUUACUGUAUUGUGUGUUCAUUAGCAUUUGCUAAGCUAAUCACUAUACCUUAAAUGCUUUUUUUGUAACCCAGGUGUUUGUGAACGGAAGCCGGGGCGAUGAUUGGAGAGGGAUUUGUUUCUGAAAACUUAUAAUAUAUCUUACAAUUUUUAUUUUUUAACUUGAAUAAUGAUUUUGAGUGCAUGACAAAGUAGCUCCAUUUGACUACAUGGUCAACUGUUCACAAGUAUGUUGUUCAGUAAACUGUUCAGUCGGCAUGAAUUCCGCUGCUGAGUAGUGCAGCCAACAAAAGAGGUGGAUGGAGAGGUGUUAAUUGGAGCAUUCAUGGUACAACCUGAUCUUGUCUAUGUAUGAAUGUGUUGUGGAUAGUUCUGUGAUGAUUGAACAGGGACGCAAGGACAAGUUUUCUUUACGGAAAAGUCCCUAACACUUGUAAGAUUUCCAGAAGUUUCUGUGUGAAAAUGAAGGAAGGCGAUGCCAGAAAAGACACUGUGAAUGUGUGCAAACUGGAAUAUGUUAUCAGCGAGGAGAGAGGAUGAGUUUGGAUCUGCGGUGCUGUUUUUGUUUUUUGUUUUUUUCUUUUAAGUCCUUGAAGCUUUCUGUGCAGAUGUCACUGUGUCGAUUUCUUUCUUUGCCAGCGCACCAUGUGUUUAUCAAAUCCAUUUCAACUUUUCCAAAUGUUUCAGACACUUUACAAGAAGCACUUUGAACACAUCAGUAUGACAGCGUAUUCAGGGCCACACUGAAAAAAAUAAUAAUCGAAAAAUUUGAGCGUAAAGUCAUAAAUUUACGAGAAUAAAGUCAGAAAAUCAUGAGAAAAAAGAUGUAAUAUUACAAGAAUAUAUUUAGAAAAAGUUGUGAAUUAACAAUAAAAUUGUAAAUUCAUGACAAAAAAAUUCUACAUUUACGUCACAAAAGUUGUACUAUUACAACAAUAAAAUUGUAAAUUCAUGAGAAAAAGAACAAUGUCGUAAAUCUACGAAAAUAAAGCAAUAAAAUUUAUGAGAAUAAAGUUGUAAUAUUAUCAGAAUAAAGUAAUAGAUUUCAGAGAAAAAAGUUCUAAUGUGAGAAUAAAGUUGUAAAUUUACGAGAAAAAGUCAUGAUAUUACAGAAAUUACAGAAAAGUCACAAAUUUACAAGUUAAAAAAAGUUGUACAAAAGUUAUAUUUUAAAUUUACCAGAAAAAGUCAUAUUUCAAAAAUAGUCAUUAUUAGUCAGUGAUUUUUAUAAAAAAGUUGUAAUAUUAGGAGAAUAAAGUUGUAAAUUUAUGAGAGAAAAAAAAACUAAUAUUAUGAGAAUAACAUCGUACUUUACAAGAAAAGAAGUCAUAACUUUGCAAGAAAAAAGGUUGUAAAUCUAUAAGAAUUAAGUUGUAAAUUUGUGACGAAAAAAGUUGUAAUAGUAGUAGAAUAAAGCCAUAGAUUUUUUUAAAAAUCAGUAAAUUUGCAAGAUUUAGUUUGCAAAGUUAUGAGAAAACAGUCGUAAAUUUACGAGGCUAAAGUUCUAAUAUUACAUGUCAGAGGGAAAAUAGAGCAUAGCUCUUCAGGAAGGCCAAAGCUUUGUGCUAAGGUAAUAUUAAGUCAUAAAUGUACAACUUUAUUCUCAAAAUUCAGAUUUUUUUUUUUUUUACUCAUGUGGCCCAAAUACUCAGUGGUACAUUAGAACGUGCGCUAUAAGAAUUUAGUAGGAUAGCACAUAAAUAUGCUAAAUGUACAUUGUAGAUGCCUCAUUGUAUUGUUACAUUCAGUACUCUUUUGUUUCAUACAGUACUUUCUUCUUCUACCCUUCAUGUUUACCCGCUUUUCAGUUACUGGAGGCAAUGGCCAAUACAAUACACAGGUGAAUUAGGGCCUCACAAAAAAGCAAACAUUAUAGGAAAACUAUGAGGGGGAAAAAACUGAAAAUGUUACAAGAAUAAAGUUUAAAAAAAAUAAUUAAGUCUCUAGAGUUGUUGUUUUUUUUGCUGGUGAAAUAAUUCUGUUGUGUGAUGUUCUUGUUGUUUUGAUCCGAAUAUCAAGACUUCUGAUAAAUGGCACUCUUCUGGCCUACAUCAACUCCCUGGAUUUUGCAUCUUGUCAUUUUUCUGCGAUAGAGUGUUCCUUCAAAUACAUGUUUGAAUCCAAUGCUGUUCCAUUCAAAGCUAAAAGCAAUUUACGCCUUCUGUGAUGUGAUGUUCUCUUAUCAGUGUCGGUAUCUAUGAUUAAAAAGCUAAUAAAUAAAUGUAAAUA